AUGACAGACAAUUUUCCUUCAACUGCGGAUGAACCAUCAGUGAUGCCACAUAUUUUAACAUUGGACAAUCCUUCCAUGGUGGACGAACCAUCAAUGCUGCAUCAUGAUGCAACAGUGGACCAUGCUACCAUGUUGGACCAACCAUCAAUGCUGCAACAUACUUCGACAGUGGAUGAUACUUCCUUUGUGGCCGAACCAUCAAUGCUGAAACAUUCGGCAAGAGUGGAUGAUCAUUCCACGGUGGACCAAACAUCAAUGAUGCAAGAAUAUUCUUCUGUGGUUCACAGUUCCACUACGGUAGAGACUUCCACGGUAAAUGAAACAUCCAUGAGGCAAGAACAAUCAACAAUGGAUGAUCCUUUCACGGAGGAUGGAAAUUCAACCAUGCUAAACCCUUUAAUGUUAGAUAAAGCCAUAGAAAGCAACAUGGUGACUGCCACACAGACACAGGAUAACAUUAAUGAGGAGCCUGUAUUGCACAGCCAGAAAAGUAAUAUUGAUACAGAAGAUACCAACCAGGUGGAAUUGAAUGCAGAGACUGCACAUUCUAGUGUAAUUGCCCAUGGUCUUCAAGACCAAUUCCUGGACUCUACAAAUCAAGAAUGUGAAGUUAGCAGAUCACAAACCAUUAGCCAACAGGAUUCUUUAAAGGAAGCCAUGCAGCUAAUUGAGAGGAAUAGAAAUGAAGAAAUGAAAAGAAUUGAACAUCAAAUAAAUCAGCUGAAUAAUAAUAUACAGAUUCUCAACACAACACAAAGACAACAGAAUCAAGCACUUGUCACUCUUGCAAAUUUUUACGAUCAUCUUGUUUCAUCACAGAAUGUGGCAGCAAUCAACUACCAACAGAUGCAGCACAGUAUAAAUCAAAUGCUAGCAUGGCAGUAUGAGACUAUUACCAUCACACGCAUGAUUUCCACUUUCAUAUAA